GCGGCCGCCGGGCCCGCGCGCCGCCUCGUCGCCGCCCGGGGCCGCCCGGCCCCUCCCCUCCCCCGCGAGCUGCGCACCGGCGGCCGGCUGACCCAGCAGCCUCGUCCGCGCCAGCCGGCGGCGGGCUCCAGUCGGCCGGCGACAUGAGCGGCGGCGGCGGCGGCGGCGACGACGUGGUAUGCACCGGCUGGCUGAGGAAAUCGCCUCCCGAGAAGAAGUUGAGGCGCUAUGCCUGGAAGAAACGCUGGUUUAUACUGCGGAGCGGCAGGAUGAGUGGCGACCCAGAUGUGCUGGAAUACUACAAGAACGAGCACUCCAAGAAACCCCUGCGGAUCAUCAAUCUGAACUUCUGUGAGCAGGUGGAUGCGGGCCUGACCUUCAACAAGAAAGAGCUGCAGGAUAGUUUUGUGUUUGAUAUCAAGACCAGUGAACGCACUUUUUACCUGGUGGCUGAGACAGAGGCUGACAUGAAUAAGUGGGUCCAGAGCAUCUGCCAGAUCUGUGGCUUCAAUCAGGCUGAGGAGAGCACAGAUUCCCUGAGAAACCUUUCUUCAGCCAGUCAUGGCCCCCGCUCUUCUCCAGCUGAGUUCAGCAGUUCCAGUCAGCACCUGCUCCGAGAACGGAAGUCCUCAGCUCCCUCACACUCUAGCCAGCCCACUUUAUUCACGUUUGAGCCCCCUGUGUCAAGCCACAUGCAGCCUGCCUUGUCCACCAGUGCACCUCAGGAGUAUCUCUACUUGCACCAGUGCAUAAGCCGAAGGACAGAAAAUGCAAGGAGUGCCAGCUUCUCUCAGGGCACCCGGCAGAAGAGCGACACAGCCGUGCAAAAGCUUGCCCAGGGCAAUGGACACUGUAUCAAUGGAGUCAGCGGCCAGGUCCAUGGCUUCUAUAGCCUUCCCAAGCCAAGCCGACACAAUACAGAAUUCAAGGACAGUACUUACGACCUCCCCCGGAGCCUGGCUUCCCAUGGCCACACCAAGGGCAGCCUCACAGGGUCUGAGACCGAUAAUGAGGAUGUGUACACCUUCAAGACACCCAGCAACACCCUGUGUCGGGAGUUUGGAGACCUUUUAGUGGACAAUAUGGAUGUUCCAACCACCCCUCUCUCAGCUUACCAGAUUCCUAGAACAUUCACACUGGACAAGAACCACAAUGCCAUGACAAUGGCCACGCCUGGAGACUCAGCCAUAGCUCCCCCACCCCGACCCCCCAAGCCAAGUCAGGCAGAAACACCUCGAUGGGGCAGCCCUCAGCAAAGACCUCCAAUCAGUGAAAACAGCAGAUCUGUGGCUGCCACUAUCCCCAGGCGCAAUACCCUGCCUGCCAUGGACAAUAGCCGACUCCACCGAGCCUCUUCCUGUGAGACCUAUGAGUACCCAACACGAGGAGGCGGAGAGAGCGCCAGCUGGUGUGCCGAGUCUCCAGGAAAGUCUGCUGUGGGUCGAUCAGACAGUGCCAGCUCUGAUGACAACUACGUGCCCAUGAACCCAGGUUCUUCUACCCUGCUGGCCAUGGAACGAGCAGGGGACAGUUCCCAGAGUGUCUACAUUCCCAUGAGCCCAGGGCCCCAUCACUUUGACCCACUUGGCUACCCAACCACAUCCCUUCCUCUUCAUAGAGGCCCCAGCCGAGGAAGUGAGAUCCAGCCACCCCCAGUCAACCGCAACCUCAAGCCUGACCGAAAAGCAAAGCCAACACCCCUUGACCUGAGAAACAAUGCUGUCAUCGAUGAGCUCCCCUUCAAGUCACCUGUCACCAAAUCGUGGUCCAGGGUCAACCACACCUUCAACUGCAGCUCCUCCCCGUACUGCCGUCCCAUCUCCACACAGAGCAUCACCAGCACAGACUCGGGAGACAGUGAGGAGAACUACGUCCCUAUGCAAAACCCAGUCUCUGCAUCACCUGUUCCCAGUGGCACUAACAGCCCAGCUCCAAAGAAGAGUACCGGCAGUGUGGAUUACCUAGCCCUGGACUUCCAGCCGGGCUCCCCAAGUCCUCACCGCAAGCCAUCCACGUCAUCUGUCACAUCAGACGAGAAGGUAGACUAUGUCCAAGUGGAUAAAGAGAAGACCCAGGCCCUGCAGAGCACCAUGCAGGAGUGGACAGAUGUGCGGCAGUCCUCAGAACCUUCCAAGGGGGCCAAGCUGUGAUGAAGGGGGCCACCGAGCUCAGGGGCCACAGGCAGCUGCUCCGAGCUGGCUCGUCUUUGCCACCUUCUCCAUCCCUUUUCACACCUCCUCUCUUCUGUACCACUUUCAGCCUUUAAAGCACUCAACAUCAGGGACCCUGACCCUUCCCCCUCAGAGGCAAGGGCCUGAUGGAGACACUUCCUCUACCACUUAGGGUCCACCUAUGACUUCUGUCAAUACUAGCUGUGCCUCCACCACCUUAGUUAGGGGCUGUUGCCACAAAAGCCUCCUGCUUUGGACCCAUUUGUCUGCUGCUUGGACUCUUGGAGGGAGGGCUGAGGCUCUGAGCUAGGCUCAUGCCUCAUGUCUGCUCACCGCUCUCUACCCUCUACCUCAGGGCUGCUUCUCCAUCCCCAGAGGAGGAUGAUAUCCCCAGGAGCCAAGGACCAGCAGACCAAAAGUACACAUGGGCUUUCAUAUCCCUGUUAGUUUUGGCAAGGGAAAGGCAAGGUGCCACAGGAAGAGAUGGGUGAUGAUGGAAGUCAGAAGUUGCCUUGAGUGAAGAAGAAAUUAGGUCCCCAGGCACAGGAGGUUAGCUGAUAACCUGCAGGGCGGACCCAGUAUUAGGCCAUGGUGCAGGACUGCUAUAGAUUGGGAAAGGCAAAGAAUGAAGGACAGCCAAAAGGAAAACUAAUAAUGACAAGCAACAAAGAACAGGGCGUGGGGUGACAAGGCCUGGAUCUAGAGGACUCUGCCUCUGUGACAGGCAGUCCUCUCUGCUGGCAGUGAUGGAGAGAUGAGACAGAGUGGGGAAGACAGAGUGGGGUGAUUUGGGGUAUGGGAGGCAAGGGGACCCUGGGACCGGAGUGUGCCAGGCACAGAGCAGUGCAGGGAUGGCACAGAAAGUUUCUAGUAGGUAGGCGGGUACAGAGAAACUUAGGAAUUGGGAGCCACGCAGGACAUGUAGCAGGUGGGGAUGUGUGUCCAAAGGGCCUGAUGGAGAGCCCAAGGUCACAUGCAGGAGUGCAGCAGGGGCCAGGACACAAAGGAGCCAUACUUUGACCAAGGAAAUCUAGGGCCCACAUGAGGGUCCAGAGAGAAGCACCUCUAACCUAGUACCAGGCCAGGGCUUUUUCUCAGCGUUUCUCGUCUCUGUUGUCCUCAGCUGCAAGGCAUGGUAGAAACGAACCCUCUCCUCCCAUGGCUUCAGAGGGCACCAGAGCAGAAGGGAUGGGAAUCAGAGCUCGCCUAAGGCUGCUAAGAUAGGGCAGGGAGAUCUGAAUGUGUCUGUGUUGAAAGUUGAACAAAUUUUCAAGCAUUUCAGAAAGAAAAAACAAAACAGGGCAAACCAGCAUUUCAUUUUGUCCUACAUGAACAAGCUGUUUCCAAAAUCUAGGACCUUUCUGCAAUUAGGGGCACACCUUACUUCUCUCCUCUAGAGAGCCCUAUCUAGAGUUCAUGGUAGGCCCUCUUCUCAUAUUAGGAUGGAUCACUUAGUAAUGUUUGCCAAUCUCUGUGCUACAGAUGAUUCCUACCUUGGUCCUAACAGGAGGUCACAGACAGUGAGAAAAGCAAAAAAUAAAGACCUAGAAAGGGAAGGCACUAAGGGAGACUGAGCCACAGGCAAGGGAGGCAGCAAGGAGAGAGCAACAGGAGUUUUAUGCAGAAAGGGUAGGCAGGGCUAGUCCAUGGAGGAGACAGAGAUGAGGGAAGCCUCAGCUUUGGGAACAGAAGAUCUUUAAAGAUAGGAAGUCAGCCUUCCUACUGUCAAAAAAAAAAAAAAAAAAAUGGGGCUGUGGUCAGUUGCAUUGAGCAGGGUUGUAGGGUGCUUGUCUGGCUCUACCCAUCCUUACAGUGCCCUUGAGGCCCUUCAGCAGGGUUCCUCUCUGGCUGGACUGGUACUUCUGGAGCAUAGCAGGUCCAGGUAACACUGGCCUCAGCCGCCACCCACAGACCCCAGGGUGCAUGUUCUGGUGGACCAUGUGAGUACAACUGGCUGCCGUUUACCAAGUCUAGUCUCAAGGCCUCUGCCUUGCGCUGGCUCACAAUUCCCAGACUGCUAGCCAUGUCUAAUAUACCCACCCACCCACCUACCCUCCAAUCCCCAAAUAGGAAAAGCCAAUUCCAUUUUUUAAAAAAUCUUUUGGCCUACCCAUAGGUCAAAAUUCAUUCCCCUGGUGGCUGUCAAGGUCUGAGACCCAAGAACACUCACCAUCUCUCAGCUAGCAUAGCUCCCACAAGUACCUGUCUGGCAGGGACUCUAUCAGCAGCUCCACUCUGCAAGGCUAAAGUUUAGUAGAACAGUGAAGAUAGGAGAAGGCAUCUCCUUGAGACUUGCCAGGCUGCAGCAUGGGAUGGCUACAGCUGAUACUCUGUAGUGGCCUGGGUGAUCCUUUGAAGGUCUGGGUCACUGGGGGGGAGCGGGGGAAGCACACAGAACAUUAGCUGUUAACUGUCCCCCUCUCUAUCUGGAUUUUGCUGAUAGCUACAUUUGACUCCAUGAAAAAAAGUCACAUUCCCAGAGCAGAAGCACAACCGUUCUGAAGUUACUGGAACAUGGGCUCAGGUCCACCCUGCCUUUGGGUCCUUUUUCUGCCAGUGGCUAUAAUCCCAGCCAUGGCUCCCUCUCCUCCUGCAAUGGAGCUUUGCAAGCUAUGAGGGAAGUAGCUUUCUUUUCACUUGGGCCUUUGGCUGUAAAGUGUGGGGAAGCAGGCUGCCCUUAGAGGGGCCAUCUUUCUGGGACUUGCCAUAUUUGGGGCCUGGGACCAGUAGGAACAGCCAGACUGCCAAGGGCGCCGGUGGUGAUUUGUGCCGUCAUGGUAUCUGCUGGUGUGUGUUGUGUAAUCUGUUGACUACUUGUGUCUUGAAACUUAGAAUCAUUUCACACAGGAUUGUCGCUACUUGUUGGGAAGAGAACAUGAAGUAGAAGCAGCCUAGUCUUAUAUCAUGUCUUGUUACCAUUUAAGAUUGACAUUUAAUUUUUCAAGUCAUUGUUGGUGCCUAAUCACUUAAAUUAUUAAUUUAUUCUGUUUUCAAAAAAAAAUUUGUAACAUGUAUUUAUCUUGUGAGGUCUGGGGGUGGGGCGGGAAAUGUGUUCAAAAGACUCAUGUUUUCGCAGUGGUGACAAAUGGUACAGGCCUGGAGCUUGCAGGUCCCUUUUUAUUAUGAUGUAGAAGCAGGACAAUAAAGUCCUUUAGAAAUGCAA